AUGCACGCAAGAGAUUGGUUGUUGGCUUUCAUUGGUAUCUUUUUGCCACCAGUGCCGGUGUUCAUCAAAAGAGGUUUUUUUUCAGCGGACUUCUGGAUCAACAUCGCUCUGUUGUUCCUGGGAUUCCUCCCUGCGCUUGUUCAUGCCUGGUAUAUCAUCUCUGUUUACCCUCAUGAAAGCAGAUCUUCCUACACAGGGGUGACUCUCCCAGGCAGAGACAGCAAUAAUUACGGUUCCAUCUGA